AUGGCUGCUCCUACAACUCUUGUUGGCCCUCCAGAGCUCAAACAACCAGUAACCUCAUCACCACCACCACCACAAUUCCAAUUACUAUACCAACUUGCUUCCGUCCCAUCCACCACCAAGGAUAAUUACCGCUCCUUUGGUAACCCCUGCCAUGCAAUCUAUUUCAACGACAAAACUCAUAGACAUCUGAAGCAACUGCUCCCACUCGCCUGGUCCCGCAAUCCCCUAACCACCCUUAAGCUCAUCUGUAGCCUACUACGCUUCCAAGAGAAAGAAUUGUUUUACACGGCGGCGUCUUGGCUCUUCCAGAACCACCCCAAGACCCUAGCAUGCAACGUGGUGCCUAUUGCUGGGGCAUUGGGGGAUUUCAAAGACAUUCUGGAGGUUCUCUAUGGGAUUCUAGAUGUCAAUGCCGUGAGGAAGAGGAGGAGUCGGAGUCGGAAUUUGUGGUUUGUUUACGAGGAGGACGUGAUACAGAAGAAAGUAGGCAGCGGGGCAGAUAUUAGUAAUAAUACGAGAAAGAAGAUGAUCGACAUGGCAAGGAAGGCUGUUGAGAUGUAUGAAAGUGAUCCGGAUUAUCAACUGUUACACGAGCGGGUUUCGGAUCUUUACGCUGAAUGCUUGAAGUCUGAUAUUCAGAAUUUGAAGAAAUAUGAGAAGCAGAAGAUGGAAAAUGUCAAUGGUCCUGACAAGUUAAAUUUGGAGUUGAAGUUAACCAUGGCAGCCAAGUGGUGCCCUUCUGUCGAUUCCUUCUUUGAUCGCUCCACGUUGCUUUGUGAGACCAUUGCAAGGAAGCUUUUCCCGCAAGAGGAAUGCAAGAAAGCCCUUGAGGAAAGUCAUUAA